AUGUCCAUCUUCUACUGCGUCGUAGCCAACAGCUACUGCCCAUUGGCCGAGUACAGCAACGGCGGCGACAGGAGCAUGAACGAGUUUGCGCAGAAGCUGCUGAAGAAGCUGCAGCUGAGCCACGACGCGGUCGAGUCGAUUGAUUUUGAAGGGAAGACGUACAGCUACCGCGUGGAGCACCAAGUGGCGUACGUUUGUGUCACAAACGCAGCGUUUGGCGAGAGCUCGGCCGCGUUGUUCCUGAAGUACAUUGCGCAGCUGUUUGACACGCAGUUUGGGAUUCGAGGACAGACGACGAAGCUCAAGUUGGACAUGAAUCGAGACUUUGCACGGACGUUGAAGAAGCAAAUGGAGACGUUUUCGUCGACAAAAGGAGCGGAGAAGCUGCAAGUAUUGAAGAACGACAUGGACAAAGUUGCGAGCAACGUCCACGAAAACAUUAAUAAAGUGCUGGAGCGCGGGGAUAAAAUUGAAUUGCUUGUGGACAAGACGGACCAACUCAACUCCCAGUCUGCAGCAUUCGCCGAGUCGAGCACCAAUCUCCGCCGCCAUUUGUGGUGGGAAAACGUGAAAAUGAGCAUCGCCAUCGGAGCAAUAAUUGUGCUGUUCCUUGUCCUCAUAUUCUUGUUUUUACGAAACAAAGUACGCAGGAGCGCUGGCCAGCUUGACCGUGCAGUUACAGAACAUGAGUCGCACGUUCUGCACCGUGAUGUGAAUGUCGUGUUGAUUGAGAGAUUUGGACCAAGUUUUGGCAAGUCUCGACAAGCACUGCAUUGUCGUUUGAAGCUGAUCGUCCAGAACGUUGCGCCACUAGUAUCAAGGACCACUGGCACCUUUUUCGACGAUGGCGUGAUCCUCUUCGCGCUCAAAGAGUUAUACACUAUGAUGGCUUUACCACCGCAAUUUUGCAGGAUGGCUCGAAAUCUUCGCGCCGUACAGCAUGAAACGGCUGCUCGCACGGACUGGUUUGCACUGCGUCCAUGGUUGCACAAACGCAGCUUUCGCCGCGCAGCCAACACAUCCCAGAGGCAUGACAUAAUGAGAUAA